AUGGCAUGGGCAACCGUUUGGCCUUUUGCUCAAAAGGGAGUUGAGGCAAUCGCGUCUGUGCAGCUUCUUGUGCACUUCUUUCGGAUGGGCACAUUGACUUGUGCAUGUCACGAACUAGUUGGGCAGGAAUGCUUGUUCUCGGCUGCAGCUAUGCGUCUCCUCCUUCAUCCUCCUCUCCCGCCGACCGUCCCAGUUACAACUUUGUUUCUUUCUUCUCCCGUUUGUGCAUCGUGUUUCUCUUUCUACUCCUUCGCCCCAUUUUAUUCGUUUGCCUCUUUCAUCAUCUGCAAUUUCUUGCAUUCCACCUUCUUCUGCCGCAUAUUAUCCGUUCUCUCCUCGUCCUGCCUCUUCUUCUUCUUCUCUCCAUUCAACUCACACAGAAAGCUGCGGGUCUGA